CACCAAUCACACGACGGUGAUAGUUUCUUGCAGAUGGAAACAGACCGGUUCAUGUCAAGUAUUACAUCUCAUCCAAACAUAAAACCUACAGGAAUCACUAGAUGCUGUAUCAUGGUUACAUUUACCUGUUCAACACUAGAUGGAGUAAUGCAUCUUCUGGACUACUUCAUCAGUCACGACUUCCUGAAAAGGAUUUGUAAUAUUUCAAACGAAUUGUGCUAUUUGUACGGAGAUGCCUUUCUCGUACAAGGAUACAUAACACUUGAAAGUCUGUCAAGCAUUCAGACUUCAGGUUAUUUAUAUUUUGUAUUCUUCAUUUAUAUAAGUACUAUUUCAUUUUUAACCCCCUUCCGCAUAGCGGAAAGGGGAUUAUAGGAAUUUCCUCCGUCUGUCAGUCCGUCCGUCUGUCUGCUGUCUGUCCGUCCGUCCGUAACACUUUCGUGUCCGCUCCAUAACAUUUAAACCGCUGACAAUUUAAAUAACUUGGCAUAAGUGAUCACCAUAGUGACGAGCAUAGCGCAAUAAUUGGGUUGCUACCCCAAGGGCAAUGUCACACUUAAAGGUCAAAUGUUAAAAUGUCUUAAAUUCAUAAUAAAAUGUCUAGAUUUCGUGUCCGUUCAUAACUUUUAAACCGCUGAGAGUUUCUUAAAAUAACUUAGCACAAGUGUGAGAUUGUGCAGAGCGCAAUCCUGGGUUGCUUCCCUCAAGGUCACUCUUUAAGGUCAAGAAUUAAAAAUCUGCAUUAUGUGUCCGCUUUAUAACUUUUAAACCCCUGAAAAGUUUUUUAAAUAACUUGGCACAAGUGAUACCCAUUAUGAGACAAUUUGCAGAGCGAUAUAAUUGUGUUGCUACCCCCAUGGUCAAGGUCACACUUACAGAUCAAAUGUUAGAAAGUCUACAUUUCGUGUCUGUCCAUAAUAUUUAAACCGCUGCAACGUAUUUAAGAUAACUUGGCAGAAAUGAUCACCAUUAUGACACCAUUGGCAGAGCACAAUAAUCAAGUCACAAUCCUGAAGGUCAGUGUCACACUCAAAGGCCCAAUAUAAAAACAUCUAUUUUUCAUACUUGCUGUAUAACUUAUUGACAAUUUAAAGAUUUUUAAAUUACUUGGCACAAAUGAUCCCCACCAUGACACAAUCUGCAGUGCUCAACAUCCAGGUUGCUACCCCCGAGGUCAAGGUUAUAUGUUCUUCAUAAUGUUUUGACUUUAUUGAAAAUUUUUAAAUUACUUAGCACAAAUAAUCACCAUCGUGAGGCUAUGUGCUUAUGAAAUGCAUGGCACAACAUCAAGGUCAUAGUUGGUAAAAGGUCAAGAAUUACACUUUCAUGUUCAUUGCGGAAGGGGAUUUUGCUGUCCGUCAGACUGCCUUGUUGACUUAUGUUACAUCGUGCAAUCAUAUCGAACUUUACAUGCAUUUUGUUUAUUUGUUUUCAUUUUGUCUUAGAGGUUAGAUUACAUAUAUACCAAUUGAUUAUAUGCCCCCGGGCAUAUAGUAAUUGAACCGUCCGUCCGUCUGUCCGUCCGUCCGUCUGACCAUCUGUCCGUACGAGGUUAACCUAGAACGGCAAGUUGGAUUUUUCUUAAGUUCUACCUGUACCAAUGGCUUCAUAAUUUACACACUUACUAAUCCAUACAAAGUAUAUGAUCUGGGCAAGUUACAUAACUAUGGCUUCCAUUUGCACCAAGUUAUGGCAUUUUCAGCACUUAUAAAAUGAAUAAUGGCAAACCUAAACCGGCAAGUUUUAAAUAUCUUAUGUUCUAUCUGAACUGAUGGCUUAAUAAUUUUCACACUUACCAAAACAAUGUACAUGAUAUUGCCAAGUUAUAUAAAUGUGCCAUCCAUUUUCCCAGUAAUUUCCCUUUUUAUCACUUUGAAAAUAGUGCCUUGUAUGGUUCACCUAUUCCGCCAAGUUGGAUUUAUCAAAAUAUUUCACCUAAUUACUUAAUUUAUUUAUUGAUAUCUUUCAUAUUUGGUAGGUGGGUACCUUUAACGGUCCUCUAAUUUUUGUGGCGUUAGGCGUCUCUUGGUCAAGGUCAAGGUCACUUGUGUAAAAAAAAAUCUAAACAUUUCUGUUCAUACAGCCUUUAUUUUUAAGUUAAUGUCUUUCAUGUUUAUAAUAGUCAUACCAAGGGAGGUCCUCUUCCUUAACCUUUAGUAAGGGGUCAUUUGGGUCAAGGUCACCAAUGUCAAAAAUAGAUUUUUUACACUUUUACAGGUGUAUUAACCUUAUUCUAUCGACAGAUGUCUUGUAUAUUUUGUAGGAACAUAAAAUUGAGGUAUUCUCAUUUGGAUGGAGGUAGUGGUCAGUUGGGUCACCAGUGCUAAAAAUAGAUUUUUACACUUUUGCUCAUACAGCCUUUAUUUAAUGACAGAAAUGUAUUAUAAUUGGUAUGAAGAUAACUUGCAUGGUAUUCUUCCUUUGGAUGGAGUUAGGGGUCAGUUGGGUCAAGGUCAACAGUGCUAAAAUAGAUUUUUACACUUUUGCCCAUACAGCCUUUAUAUAUUGACAGAUUUAUUUCAUAUUUGGUAGGAAAAUAAGUUGCAUGAUAUUCUUCCUUUGAAUUGAGUUAGGGGUCAGUUAGGUCAAGGUCACCAGUGCUAAAAAUAGAUUUUUUACACUUUUGCCCAUACAGCCUUUAUUUGAAAUAUUGUUACUGACAAGAAUCUGAACCGGGGGCAUUUGUGUAUAACAAACACGUUCUUGUUUACUCUGUAAUUUACUAGCAUUUGUCCAAGUCCAUAUCAUUUCAGAAUUUACGUUUACUAUUGUUUUUUGUUUGUUUUCUUUUUCUUGUUGUUUUUAGACUGUCAAAAACAUGAUCCUGAGAAAGGGAUCUCACUUCCAUUAAAAUGCAGUUCUAUUGAGGGAAUGGAGCAUAUUUUGGAUACUGUUCAAACUGUUAAAACGGCAACUACACUAAACAGCAUUGCUGAUAAAAUCUCGGAAAAGCUCGAAGAAACUGUAUCCAUUCAUGUAACCACUAAUCUAUUUGAAUUUAGAGAUGUCUUCAACGAUGCGGGUGCACAAGACUUGAGAUCAAAGAGGUGUUCUGAAGGUGAUCAAGCUCUUAAAAGAUCUUCGUCAAAUGAAAGUUAUGGAAACCUUGAAUCAAUUCCAGAAUCAUUUGAGCUAUUAAAGGUAUCUUGCCAAGAAGAAAAAGAGGUGAUGGAAAAUGUUACAAACAAACAAGUAUCUGUCAUUCAAUCAGUGGACUAUACAUUUCCUUGUUAUCGUCCAACGAAACUUGGUAUACAGGAUGGACUACAGGAUGGCAAAAGACUACAUGAUACAAGCUUUGAUCAGAGAUUGGUGCAUUCACUAGAUGAAAGACCAAAUGAAAACUUUGAUGACACAUAUUCACUUGACAAGAUGUUACGAGGAUUAUCUGAUAGUGACUUGACGUUUGAUCAUGUACUGCAAUUAGAAAGAGCGAAAUCCACUUUUCGAGAAAUAGAAGCACGUGGCAGAAAAGUUACUGGCGAAGAUCUAAACGAUUUUCAAACUGAUAUUGAACUCUUUUUCACUCGCUGCAAGUAGAUGAGUCAUAUUCGACGAGUGAAAAAA